CCACCGGCAGCGCUGCCCAUGGCCGAGCACCAGGAGCUGGUGGCCGAGAUGCCGGCGGUGGCGCGGCUCGGCAUUCCCGACCGCCUCCGGCACGCCCGGGAGCGCCGGGCACAGCAGCUCCGGAGCUGGGCCCAAGCCGAGCGGGAAGCGCCGGGAGCCGAGAGGAAGAGGAGGAGGAGGAGGAGGAAGAGCGGCGGCGCCCAGGGGAAGAGGGUGACGUUCCCGGAGAACGUCCGGCUCUUGGAAGCGGCCGCCCGGCACGAUGCGGAGGAGGUCCGACAAUUCCUGGCCAGCGGCAUCAGCCCCGACCUGUGCAACGAGGACGGUCUCACCGCGCUGCACCAGAGCUGCAUCGAUGACUGCGGGCCCGUGGUGACAGCGUUGGUGGACGCCGGCGCCGACGUCAACGCCGUCGACAGCGAGCUCUGGACCCCUCUUCACGCGGCCGCCACCUGCGGCCACCUGGGCCUGGUCCAGCUCCUGAUCCAACGCGGAGCCGAUCUGUUGGCGCUCAACUCCGACGGGAACAUGCCCUACGACCUGUGCGAGGACGAGGCGACCUUGGACUGCCUGGAGAGCGCCAUGGCCGCGCAGGGGAUCACGCAGGAGAAGAUCGAGGAGGCGCGCGCCGCUCCGGAGCGCGGGAUGCUGGCGGAGAUCCGGCGGCUCCUGGAUGCCGGAGAGGACCUGGAUGCUCCACGGGGACACGGAGCCACCUUGCUCCACGUGGCCGCGGCCAACGGGUACAUGGAGGCGGCGGAGCUGCUGCUGGAGCAUCGCGCCGGGAUCGCCGUCCGGGAUUGGGAUGGAUGGGAGCCGCUGCACGCUGCUGCCUGCUGGGGGCAGCUGCCCAUCCUGGAGCUCUUGGUUGCUCAUGGAGCCGACCUCAAUUCCAAGUCGGAGCUGGAUGAGACGCCCCUGGACGUCUGCGGCGAUGAGCGGACCCGCUCCAAGCUCCUGGAGCUGAAGCACAAGCGCGCGGCCGUGAUGAAAUCCCAGGAAAAGCACAAAUCCCUGCUCCAGCGCCGCGCUUCCAGCGCCGGGAGCCGCGGGAAAGUCGUGCGCCGCGCCAGCCUCUCGGAGCGCUGCAGCCUCUACCGGCGGGAGCACGAGCGCGAGGCCCUGGUGUGGCAGCGGCGCCGCGGGAGCCCCGAGGUGAUUCCCGAUGGGAAUGGGUCGGGAUGGGAUCCGCCCGGGAUCCCUCCUGUCCCCCUCCCCCCCCUGCACUCUUCCCAACAGCAUCCAAUGGGAUCGGAUCCGGAGCAACCCAACGGGGUCCCGAGCCCCCCCCACACCUUGGCCGAUCUCAAGAGGCUCCGGGCGGCUUCCAAGGGGCAGCGGCUGGAGCGGGAACGUCGGGAUGCGGAGCGGGAAUGUCGGGAUCUGGAAUGGGAACGUCGGGAUCUGGAGCGGGAACGUCGGGAUCCGGAGCGGGAACGUCGGGAUCCGGAGCGGGAAUGUCGGGAUCUGGAAUGGGAUCGUCGGGAUCUGGAGCGGGGACGCCAGGAUCCGGAGCGGGAACGUCGGGAUCUGGAACGGGAACGUCGGGAUCUGGAGCGGGAAUGUCAGGAUCCGGAAUGGGAACAUCGGGAUCCGGAGCGGGAACGUCGGGAUCCGGAGCGGGAACGUCGGGAUCCGGAGCGGGAAUGUCGGGAUCUGGAGCGGGAACGUCGGGAUCAGGAGCAGGAACGUCGGGAUCCGGAGCGGGAUCUUCGGGAUCUGGAAAGGGAUCAUUGGGAUCCAGAGCAGGAUCAUUGGGAUCCAGAGUGGAAACAUCAGGAUCUGGAACGGGAUCAUUGGGAUCCGGAACGGGAUCAUCAGGAUCCAGAACGGGAUCAUCGGGAUCCAGAGCAGGAACGUCGGGAUCCGGAACGGGAUCGUUGGGAUCCGGAGCCGCCGCUCCUGAAGCUGACGGCGCCCCUGGAGGAGGCUCCGGGCGGGAAGCGCCGGUGCUGCCGGGUGAUGUGA